AUGGCACCAUCUGCCACUGAGACUGAAUCGGUACCACAGCCAUCCAAACAGGGUUUGAUCAAGCCAUGGAAUCGGCCACAGUAUACGAAAGAAGAGCUUGAUUGGGCUCCGCUUACCACAAUCGACCUGUCCCGGUUUGAUGAGGUGGGAGGUAAGGACGAGCUAGCCAAGCAGCUUUAUGAUGCAGUCACCAGGGUUGGCUUCUGGACCGUAAUCAAUACGGGCAUCGAUGACAGCAAGGUGCUCCGCCAGUUCAGUAUCGGUAACACCUUUUUCAAGCAGCCAAUCGAAGAGAAGCGCUUUUUCCCUUGCAACUUUGCGGAAGGGGAGUAUUUCGGCUAUAGGGAGAACUCGCGCUGGGUCGGCGACAGCGGCGUCAAAGAGAACAUUGAGAUGCUUAACAUCCAAAAACCCAUUCCAGCCUAUGAGACUGUGCCGAAGCACCAAAUCGUUCGCGAGAAUUGGGCGGAGAUCUCAGCAUUUCAUCGGGAAUUGUGGGACAAGGUCCUCCGAAAGUUGUACGUGCUUAUUGCCAUUAUUCUCGAGCUACCGGGGAAUUACUUCGUGGACGCACACGCUUACGAUGGAGAGUCUGAUGACCACCUUCGAUACAUGAUCUACAAUGUGAGAACGCAGGAUGAAUGGGACAAGGCUCAAGCAUAUACCAAAGGCGGCCACACAGACUUCGGCAGCCUGACCUUGCUAUUCUCGCAGCAUGUCGCAGGUUUACAGAUCCGUACCCCUGAAGGGCAGUGGAAGUGGGUGAAACCAGUUCAAGGAGGGAUCACUUGCAAUGCAGCCGACACGUUGUCUUUCCUCACAAACGGUUUCAUCAAAUCAACAGUGCACAGGGUUGUCACGCCUCCGAAAGACCAAAUACAGAUUCCUCGUCUCGGCCUGCUCUAUUUCAGUCGCCCUGGCGCGAGGACUCCCAUGAAGACCGUCCCGUCACCCCUCCUUGAGCGUCUCGGCCUCCUAUCGGACGAGGAUAAAGAUCCCAACAAGCCGGUUCCUUCUGGAACCGAGUAUGUCCGAGCACGAGUCAAAGAUGUGCACUACAAGACAGUGAUAGAAAAGCGUGAAGGGACUUCGUUCAACUUCAAGGGAAUGAAAGUCCAGAACUACUAUGAUUAG